AUGUUUACAAGUGUUUAUAAGGCGGGAUUCUUUCCACUUGUGUCCGCAACUAGGACUUGUUGUAUUAAGACCACCUCGAGGAGUAGAAGCUUUUCAACGAUUACAGCAGUAGCAGAAGCGUUUGUUAGUCUUCAUGAAGUUACAAAUAUUCCCUGGGUGAUCUUAAUACCUCUGUCUUCAGUUACAUUAAGAACGUUGUUUACUCUACCAUUGAGUAUACUUCAAAGACAAAGAUUGGUAAAACAGAAUAAUCUGAGGAAUGUUGUGUUAUCAAUCAAGCCAGUUGUGGCAUUAAGGUUGGCUCAAACUCAAAAACUAACACCAGAACAGAUUAAGAUGCUGUCUCUAAAAGAAUCUAGAAAUAGACAGAAGAAACUAUUCAAGAAAUACAAUAUAGAUUUAUGGAAAAAUAUGAUUUUACCGUUAGUACAGAUACCUCUUUGGGUUACCAUCUCAUUAGGAAUUAGAAGGUUGGUCACUGACCCUGAUUCAAACACCAUGCAUGUACUCAAAGAGACAAAUACCGACAAUAUCCUAUACGCUAAUAAUAUUCUUGAAUCUACAUUGGACCUCAGUUUGCCAUUUGAACCAUUGCCCAUGUUGCUUCCUGUAAUCUUAGGAACAUUAUCUAUCAUGAAUGUUGAAUACAAUGGGAUUAUGUUUGCAAGAAGAAGAGAUAAGGCGUUAGUAGGGGGGAAACUGAGCAAUGCGAUGAACAGUGUCUUGAAUGUCUCAAGAAUGAGUAGUGUAUUCAUGAUGGGCAUCUCCACACAAACUUCCAUGAUAUUGAGUAUUUAUUGGAUUACAUCGCAAUUAUUCUCAUAUAUCCAAAACAAACUGCUUGACUGCCUAUGGCCAUUGCAUAACAAGAACGACUUAAUGUAA